UAGACGAGCCUAAAUAGAAAUAGUUAGGCAAAACUUGGUACAUAAAUUCAAUGAGCCCAUCUCAAGGUUAAAAUCUAUGGUGGGAAACUCGAGUGAUUAUGACAAUAGGUAAUACCUACCUAUUCUUCAGUAUGUUUUUUCAACUCGAUUAAGAACGUGCGUUCGUUUUUUGUAUUUUUUAUCUUAAAAUUUUCCUGCCAUUUCAUGGCUGUAUUCGAGUAUUUGGUUUAACUAUUUUUUGAACUAAUUAAAUGAAUUAAUUCUCCGGUAACGCGAGUGUUAUUUGUGUUGCUAUGAACUUAUUUCACUAAUUAGUUGGACUUCAAUUCAAAUGGAGUAAGUUUCCUGGUCGAGUUACCGGCAGGCUGAGGGAAAUCCUCUAGCCAAUAUGUUGGUCAGCAUUUAGGUUCUUAUUUCAAAGUAAAGGGCUACGAUAUAAUCUAUGAAUAGAUUUAGUCCAAACUACUAUUGAUAUGGUCAAGGUAAUGAUUAGGUUAAUGGUAAAGUAGUUAGAAUUCAUCUGAAUGAUCUAGGUAAGGAUUUAAACAGUGAUUCAAUCUGAAUAAUCUAGGUAUAGAUUUAGUAGAUUUCCAACUAUUUCGACUUGCUUGCAAUGUCUAGAAAUGUACGUAAUUUUAUUACAAUUCGAGUUUUUAUUACACUGGGAUACGUUCCAACCAUGAUUGUGUAAGAUGUAGGUUCAACCUACUAUGUAAAUAGUUUCCCCUUCUCUUUGGUGAAAUAUUGAUUGAAAAUUAUCUUCGUGAAUUUUAGUUAAAAUUAGAGCAUUUUUGUAUUAUGUGGGUAGGUAGGUUUGUCUUAUCCUAAUCCAAACCCAUCCCAAUAUUUCCUAAUCGUGAAUUUUCCUAAUACCUAUUUUCCUCAUUAUUUGUUCCUAGUUCAAAAAUUCUCUUUAAUUCCUAAUCCUACACCACAGAACCAUGACGCUUAUUUUUAUAGCUUAUUCACUUCUUGCCGCAUGUUACCCUUGUCUGCUUUCCAGUCCACCUCCAGAACCAAAAACUAUAGUAAGUGAAUCACAAAUGAUAAAAAAUUAGCUAAAAAAACAAAAUAUGAACAAAAAAUAAAAUGGAACCUAUUACAAACAGGAGGCACUGCUAUGGGCAUUGGGCAAUCCCCUAUCACCCUUACACCCUUCUUGGCAAAUUUUUUCAUGGGUGACCUUGAGACAAAAUUCAAAAAUAAAAACUUUCUCCAAGCAUGGUUUAGAUAAUAAUUUUUUAAUGACAUCCUUUGUAUCAUACCUGAGGACUUAGAAAUUGAAGAAUUCCUCGCUGCUUUAAAUAGUCUCAUUCAGACAUUCUGAUACCCUUGCAUUUGAUAUCACUAUAGAAACUCCACUCAUACCAACAACUACAUCCCUUCUGAUUCUUUCCAACCUUGGGAGCAAAAAUUUGCUGCUUUCAAUAGCAUAAUACACAGGUGCUUAAAUCUCCCCCUAAAUGAAACAAACCAAAAUAAAGAAAUUAAAAACAUCAUGACUAUUGCUUCCAACCUUGGCUACACAGAAACAUGAAUCUAAAAAUUUAUAAGGAAACACAAAAACAAAAACUAAUCAGAUUAUUCCAGUACAUUUACCCAAACCAAGAGGGAAAAAGGGGGUGGAGGAAGAGGGCAACGUCUUCAGCUCAAUCAAUUAUUAAUGAUCCAAGAAAUCAAAAAAAAGUACUCUUAACUAAGUCAUUUGGGGAAAUGAUGUUCAGGCAUAUUGAUUCUGGAAAAUAUUUUUUGGGUGUUGGGCAAGAUUCCUCACAAUACUUGAUUUCCUCACACAAUUCUAAUCCAGUUGAACAGGAGGUAUGAUGAGCAAUUUUUUUAAAGUUCUGAAAAAUUGUGACCUAGUUUUGGGCUUGAAAUUCUCAAAAGUGCUCAAAAAAAUCUGACAAAAUAUUCAGGGUCUAAAGUUAGAUUGGAUGAAAUUGAAUUCACAUUUUUCGCUCGAUAUAGGUCAGUGUUAAAAUUACCUACUUCCUCCAUCAAUGUUCCCAUAACAUGUUUUAUAACAAUGCUACAACCAAAAAAUAUCAGAAUCAUCCCAGCUUACCUUACCUGAUUACUGGCAUUUGAUUUAUUUUUAUUUUUGUAGGAUAAGCUUGAUGUGGGUCGAGUUAAAUUAUCAUUGAGGAACGAAGUGAAUGACCAGUUGGAAAAAAUGUCUCCUGAAUGGCUCAACAUCUUAUCCUUAUAUUUCCCAUCUUUGAAAUCUUACAUAACACCGGAUGAAAUUUGUGAUGUAAGUAAGCAUACCUAACUUAUAUACCUACUUUGUUUUCACUCUAUACAUAUUUUGCAUAUCUACCUGUAGAAACUCUUUUAAGCACAUUAUUACAGACUUCAUUCAUUUAAAUCACUAAUUAAGAUGAGUGUGUUUCAGUUUUUGAAUAUCUACUUCAAUAACACAUAUGUCGUUCACAUUCAAAACAUUACAGUAGCCGAAAGUGGAAAUGGAGAAGAAAACCCACAGGCAAAUAUUCAGGCAUUUAUAAGAUUCAACAACACUUUUGUAAAUCAGAAAGGAGAAGAAGUUGGCAUGGAGGCUACCCUGCAUCAAAUAGUAAAAGAAAUACGUUACAAAGCAAACAUUCGAUUAUCACCAGCCAAAAAACAAUUCAUGGGCAAGUGUGAUUGUGAGCCAUCUAUGUUACGAAAUGUUGUCACUUGUCCACUCUCUAGUCCACCUCCAGAACUCAAAAAUAUGGAUGAGGUCAAACGUAUUAUAGUUGACAAAUACAUCAAAAAUGAGUACAACUAUGGAGACAUGCAAGCAAUUGCGAUAGAUAUUCAUUACCAAUGGACCUGGAGAGCUGCAAAGGUUGAAUCCAACCUGAGGCAAGAGAUAGUGAGUUAUCUAGAAUGUGAUGUAUUUUGAGGUACCUUUUAAGUUGCUUAAGUAGGUACCAAAGGCCUGAACAAUGGCAUUAGUGAUGUAGUUAUAACAGCUAUCGCAUCACUUGAAAGCAAUACCUGUUGGCAAUCAGUAUUGCAAAAUCAAUCCGCAACCUGUUAGUUGUUACAAUCA